UACGCGUCCGUGUUAUUAUUGAGGAGCCACCGUUUGAAGUUGCUGUUGUCGUCAUGGUGGUGUUUCCAAGUUCACUGACGGAGGAAGAAGAGGCUCUGCAAAAGAAAUAUGCUAAACUCAAGAAAAAGAAAAAGGCCCUGCUUGCCUUGAAGAAGCAGAAUUCAACCAACCAGACAAACCAAAGUGGCUUAAAACGGACUUUGUCAGACCAACCUGUUGUUGACACGGCAACGGCCACAGAACAAGCAAAGAUGCUCAUCAAGACGGGUGCCAUCAGUGCCAUCAAGUCAGAGAACAAGAACUCUGGGUUUAAACGCUCUCGAAUGCUGGAAAAAAAGGACCCCGAGAAAGGCCAAAAUCCGGCUUUCUUACCUUUCCAAAGGAGUGUCUCUACAGAUGAGGAACCACUUGAGGCGGGGAAAAGAUCCAGGAGGCCACUGUAUGAGAGCUUUGUCAGCUCAAGAGACAGAUUCCGGGAGGAGGAGGAAGGAGGCAGCGUGCCGCCCAGCCGUGAAAUGGAAAGGGACGUAGACCGAGAGCGAGAGCGGGACCGGGAACGAGAGCUGGAUAGAGAGCGGGACAGAGAAAGAGAGAGGGACAAAGACCGGGAGAGGGAGAGGGACAGAGGCCGGGACAGGGAAAGGGAGCGGGACAGAGAAAGAGAAAGGGACAGAAGCAGAGAAAGGGAUCGAGACAAUGACAGGGAACGUGACAGAGAAAGAGAUGCACCGUUCAGACGUUCAGAUUCAUACCCAGAGCGGAGAGGGGUAAGAAAGGGGAACACGGUGUAUGUUUAUGGCUCUGGGCUCGGAGAGGACAGCCUGCGCUCUUCCUUCUCUCCACAUGGAACCAUCAUUGACCUCUCCAUGGACAACCCACGCAAUUGUGCAUUUAUCACUUUUGAGAAAAUGGAGUCUGCAGACCAGGCCGUAGCUGAGUUGAAUGGAGCCACAGUGGGAGAUGUUCACGUCAAAGUGAGCAUCGCCAGGAAGCAGCCUAUGCUGGACGCUGCCACAGGCAAAUCUGUCUGGGCUUCACUGGCUGUGCAGAACAGCACUAAAGGCUCCUACAGGGACAAGAGGAAUCAAGUCGUGUACAGUGAAGAUUUCCUGUGAUGAAUUUUUUUUAUUUUUACUUUUGAUGUUAUUUUAAUGACAACCGCUAGUUUCUGUGUUGCAGCAUAAAUACAAAAUAAUCUGUUGUCUCUUUGAUUGGAGCAUUUUUCAUGGUUGGUAUGUAAUGCUUUGUGGUUCAUGAAACUAAAAACCAAACUCUGUUUGGAUCUCAAUAAAAAGAUUUCAAUGAGCCUUGUAUCAACAAAACUCUGUCAGUGGGCAACAAAGACCAAAUGUGAGAUGUGUAUGCGUAAUAACGGAAGUAUUGAAAAUCUGAGACCAACUUUUCAACAUCGGAAAGGGCAGGGAGUUAGGGAAAUGCAUGAGCAACUGUUUAUUUAAAAAUCCCAAUUUUAAAAAGGUAUAUUCUGAAUGUUUUUACACAACACCCCAACAGGUAUAUAAAAAUGUACAGAAGAACAAGGCAGGUGUCCCUCUGCCAGCAUCAUAUCUGGGUUGAUGGACUAAUGUGGUGCAAUUGAAUGAUUUUUAGAUGUAAUUAGGAGGAAUCUUUCCAACAUUUUUAUUCACACUGGUUUACAUCAUACCUUUGAACUGUGGUAGAAAAUAUUUAAACAUGUUUGUUUUAAUUUUCACAGUGCCAUUUCAUAAGGGCAUCACAGUCAGUUUCCAGCUCUUGCUUAAGAAGGGGCAGUUCACCCCUAAUUUGUUUGGUAAAAGAAGACAGUGCUUUCAUAAAACUGCUCACAACAAUGUCUGUAAAUGAUCUGGAGUCAAGAUUUCUGAGAUGAGAAGUUGCUGUUGAGA